AUGUCUCCUCCCGCGAUCAUUGCUCCGUCGAUCCUCAGCGCCGACUUCGCCGCUCUGGGUGAAGCAUGUUCGACAACGAUGAGCCAGGGUGCAGAUUGGCUUCAUGUUGAUAUUAUGGAUGGCCAUUUCGUGCCGAACCUCACUUUCGGUGCCCCGGUGGUUUCGAAGAUCCGGACACAUGUCGAUCGACCUAAGACUGCUGCUGGACGAGGAACUUUUGAUUGUCAUAUGAUGAUUGCGGAGCCACACCGCUGGGCCGCGACGUUUCGCGACGCCGGAUGUGAUUUAUACUGUUUUCACUACGAAGCUGCCGUCACCAGCGUCGCAGCCACCGAUCCAGCCGACAAAACGACCACCCGGCCAACCUCUCCGAAAGAACUGAUUCGGUAUAUCCACGAGCUCGGCAUGCAGGCCGGCAUCGCCAUAAAACCCGAGACCAGCGUCGACGUGCUAUGGGAAAUCCUAGAGACUGAUGUUGCUGAAGAGCGGCCUGAUAUGGUCCUCGUGAUGACCGUCCACCCUGGGUUCGGCGGUCAAAAGUUCAUGGCUAGUGAACUCCCCAAAGUCACGGCCCUGCGUCAGAAAUACCCCGAAUUGAACAUCGAAGUCGACGGCGGCCUGGGAGAGUCGACGAUCGACCAGGCGGCCGACGCGGGCGCCAACGUGAUAGUUGCAGGCAGCGCGGUCUUUGGCGCAAAGGAUCCAGCACAUGUCAUCCAGGUGUUGAGGGAGGCAGUCGAGAAGAGGAGAGCAGGGAAAUUAUAG